GGAACCUUCUUGCCUCUCAAAUCUCCCAGCUGUUCGAUACCUCCCUGGUAUUUCACAGCUCCUUCAAGUCCAUCUCCAGCCACUCUUCCAUCAUAUCAUUGAAACUAGGGCUCCGGCCAUAGUGACUGCCAAACAUACCUCCUUGCAAUACUUGAAACAAACACCCCAACUGCAGCCAUUGCUUGAGCCCACGAUAUGAGACAGAUAUGGCUUCCACUGAACAACUUUUCAUCGCCACGCUGGGGAGCCACCAAAUCAAAGACGUGCUCUUCACAUACCUGUCCAUCUCAGACAUCUGCGCCAUCCGCAAGGCCUCAUCUGCCUGCUGCAAUUUGGUCACCAAGCGUCUCUUCACCCGCGUUCAUGUCACUUUCACGGCCAGCACCUUCACCAGGCCCUCGCGCGUUGCUGCCCUGGGCCGCAUUGGACAUCACAUUGAGCACUUGACAUUCUACUUUGCUCACUCAGAGGCGACGUUUCUCCCACCGUUGGUCCAUCCAAGGACCGGUGAAGAGAUCACCUUCUUGUAUAAGCCUCUCACCACCAGCACAACUAGCAAGAGACGGCCCAAGUACUCCAAUACUGAACUCGGAGAGAUAUUGACCCAGCAGUAUCCUCCUCUGUUCCAUGCGGCCACAAACGUCCCCAGCUUCAUCCAUGCCAUGGAUCAUGUCCCAAAUAUGAGGCAUCUAACCGUUCGCUGUCCCGGCCAAGACCCCAGGGAAAGGUAUAGGAGAGACAUUGUCGACUAUGCCCUCAUCAGCUUGCGCAUCGCCAUCGAGCGCUCACCGAUGACAAAGCUCAACAAACUCUCUCUCUCAUCACUUCAUCCCUCUGCUUUCAACUACCUCAGGUACAUCAAUGGGAUUGGCAGCCUUCCAUCCGCCAAUCGUAGAUGGCAGCAGAUCAAGAAGUUACACAUCACCGUCGAGUCGUGGGACUUCUACGGUCCUUCUCCCGGCCUUGACCAUCUCAAAGUCCUCGACGACUACAUCCGCUGCUUCUCUGAAAGACUAGACAAGUUCACUUUUGCCUGGAUCGGUGCCAAAGGACCGUGCCCCAUUGCCUUGUCCGCUGACCCUCUCUUCGCGCCGCCUCGCAGUGCUACCAAGAAGCUCUUCCAUGAGGUUACUUCUCCCAUGUCUCCUCUCCCAGUGCGCCCUCCCCGGUCUCCCAUCCAUUUCCCUAAGCUGCGCUAUCUGCAAAUCCGUAAUGCUGCCAUGAACUCUCCCCAGCUAAAGAGCCUGAUUGCUUCCCAUCAAAAGACAGUCAAGCAGUUCGGCUUUGAGAACGUUGUCCUUACCAAUAACGGCAGCUGGGAAGAAGCCCUAGCAUCCGCGAAGGCUGAUGACAAUUGGUCUCGAAGCAGCACCGCAGUGCCUUCGGAGUACUCUCUUGUAACUAGCAGAGGCGAAGAGGGUGGACUGCCCAGCCCAAGUGCGGCGGCCGAGGCUGCCAGCAGAGAACUGAUGGACUUGGACCUAGAACUCGGUGGCCUUACUUUGGAUGAUAAUGCGAGAAAUGCAGUUUCAGGAUUUAAAAACGAUUUUGCUGUGCCAAGAGAGUCUGAUACGAGCGUUUCUACUAAUAUCUCACGAAGACGUGUUCGCCGACACCAGAGAAACCAUUCCACGGGAGAGAAGAUGGAACAAGCCCCUGAAUAUACGUAUCAAUAUCCUCUUUCGCCUCCCUUAUCCUCCCACAGCCACAAGUCUUCUUCCCCUGUACAUGGCCAAAAGCCAUCAAAGCUGCGUUUCAAGCCAUCUUCUGAAUCCAGCCAAAUAGCUUACUCCGCCAUUCCCGAGCCGCUGUCCAUCACAUCUCCCAUCAUCCCCUCUUCACCCCAGCCGGUCCUCCUCCAACCGGCCAUCUACUCCCCCUAUUCUCUUCAUCAGGCUGGCACCAACGAGGACAUGUCAACUGUACAGCGCAGCCUGGAAAAAGAAGAAAGCCAUCGCCUCUUUGCAGAAGACGCAGAUGCUAGAGCGAACGCCUUGCAGAAAGCCAAAGAGGCCGUGUUGGCGAAGCUCAGCAGGGAGUUUUAUGAUAAGAAGAGCAGGAUGGCAGAUGCAGUUUCCGCACGCCGAUAUAUGAAUGUGAGGGAGGUGAGUGGAUGCGGUAGGGACAUGGUGAUGGACGACUGGAGAGCAAUGGACAGCCGGAGUGCGUUGGUGCCCUUGAUUUAUAGCCCGUCUUAGGGGUGAGGAUGAUGGAUGGUGUUAUUACGAUGAUACGAUGAUAUGAUUCUGGUAACGGCUACAGAAGUUUGUUUUUGUCUUUUGUUUUCUUGUGUCAUUCAUUUAGCAGCUUUUUCCUUGAUGUACCUUUUUAUGUAUUGAUAUCAGGAUGGGGGAUAUGUACAGUACGAUCAUGACAUUCUUUUAUAUGUAAUCUAGUGUUUAUAACUACAAUACAACUCUACUCAAAC